AAAGUUCUCUAUACGAAGGAUAGCUGUGCACCACUUCCAUGUGAUUCAAUCAAAGACUACAGGAGCUAUUGUUAAUUGAAUCGUAAUGGCGGAGAUGGUGAGUUCUGUGGUUGCCCAGGAAACAUUUAGCCAAAUCCUGUCUGGACUGGUUGACAGGUACAAGGAAAAGGAGGACUCAAGUGCAAACAGAAACUUGGAGAGGCUAGAGAUGGCACACAUCAGGCUGGAGGCUGCUCUUGAGACAUCUAAUAAGUGGCAGAUCACUGAUGCAUCCUUAUUGCGUUGGCGUAGGAAGCUGAAGCGUGCUGCUCAAGAGUGUGAUGACACACUGCACAAAUGCAAGCAGAGAAUCCUAGAACACGAACAAAUGGCACAGGAGGUAAACAAUUCCUCCCUUCCUAAUCGUAUUGUGCAUGCUACCAAGUCAUUUGCUCUCUCCAUAUUUAAACCCAAUAACAAUGACUUGAGAAGAUCCAUUGCUCAAAGAUUUGAGUGGUAUGCAGAUGGUGCUAGUGAGUUUCUGAGAUUCAUAGAGCUUGGUGGCACACCGCGCCAUCACAUGCUCUUUGAAUCUUUUGUCAAAAACCUUUUUGCCGGCAAGGAACUCCAUCAUAAAAUUGUUCGGGGAAACGAGUGUCCUUUGUUUCAAUUAUGGUUGAUUCCCAUCCGUAAUCCAGUGCAUGGAAUACAUAUUACCCUAACAUUCAUCCAGUAUGAUGGUACACCAGAGGGUAAUAUCAUCUUUAGUUUGGCCGUACAGCUCUCGGAAAGUAUAGACAUAGUUGGGAUCGCAGUUAAGUGCCUCCAGUUAUUUGCCCCUCAUUUCAAGUGUAAACUUGAAAAUAUUAGAAAUGAACUUACUCAACUGCCCAAUGAAGACUUCUCAUGGGAGCCCUCUUUUUAUUUGGACCAUAAAGAACAUUGGGACAAAUUCUAUAGCUUGCUCUCUCAGUUAAAUCGGCCAAACCCACUUUGUUGCAAGGAGCAGGACAGCAUCAGGUUCGACGUUUUAGCAACAUGGACAUGGCAGGAUUAUCAGAUGGUUUGCUAGAUCCAGUAAUUCAAGUUACUUUGCAUUGGUACGUCUCACUACCUAUGUACAGAAAAAAGAAGACCUCACUAUCUGAAGACCUAAUUUCUCUGCAAGAUUAUCCAUAUCUGAAAGCUGGGAUCGCCUUUUCGCCCCAUGGCUCUUUAGAGGACAUGCUGCCAGCGAAUAGGAGUUCUGAGAUAGCGGUGAUAGUCCGCAAGGAGCAACAUUUCUUGCAUUCAGACAUUGCCCUGGAACAGCUGGAAGAGAUUAUGCUGCCAAAGGCAAUAGAUUACUUCCACCAAAAUGCCGAAGCAAUGGUUUACCAAUUGCUUUGGAAGUCUAAACAUGGCUUUGCACGUAUUCAGGUUGACAAGCCAUGCAUGAGCGCAUGGAGAUCAAGAAUGAGAAGACGGAGCACUUCUGGGGGAGCUAGGAAAAGAAAGCUAUUUCAAGAAGAUGAUGAGGAGCUCAUUAGGCUUCGGAUCCGUGUUUGUCACUGGUUUGACUCAUGGCUUACACAUGAGCCUGUCCAGUUGCAAAGGUCGCUCAUGAAUUGGAUUCAGAAAGAAAAAGAAAGUUUGAUAGCAGCACCACAGUUACACCUGAAAUUCUAAAUCAUUUCAUUAAAGAAGAAGAGGGUAAAGAAAAACAAAAUCACAACAGCUCUGGAUCUAGAAGUGCUAUGUUCUACAUUAGGAACCUAUGCAAUUGUAGCACAACACUUGUUCUUGGUUUUAAUUUGUGUGUCUAGCUUGUAUGUAUGAUAUUUGGUUCUCACCAGUUGAGUAUUAGCUGGGAAUUACUCAAUUACAUGGGAGAUUAGAAUGCAUUGCAUUUCUAAGCGUAAGUGUAGGAUCAUCACUUGUUCUUAUUUUCUAUGUGACUCUCUAGUGUGUAGCUACUUUCGUUAAGAACUUUUCAGUAAUUGGGUGAUUUUGCAUCCUUCUGAGCUGAAGUUGCAGUCUAAAUAUGUUUCAGUCUCGGAACAUGUUCUCGGCCACCUUUUUGUGUAUUGGAUGGAUACGGUUUCCCAUCAGGGGAUUUCCCUUUGGUAAAAAAGGAAAAAAGAAAAACAAAACUGCAGUUGCUUUUCAAGAAAUGUUUCAGUUGCUCGA